CGCUGCGAUACGCUCGAAAAAACGAGCAUUAUUAAUUUUUAUUGUUAAAAGCUAAUGUACCUUUUGAACAUAUCAGAGCGACUUUUAUUAUAGAUAGUCUACUUAAUUUGCCUAAAUACUGAUUUGAUUGCUCUGUUAAAAUUCUGUCUUGAGAUACUAUUAAGUAAAGAAGUGUUUGACUCCGCGAGGUUUUUUGACUUACCUUGUUCCUAGGCAAAGCCUUGUGGGAACGUCCAGUUGUCAAACACGGUUUUUGCUGUCUUAACUAAAAAACCAAAUUCUGACAAACAGAAAUUUUUGCUUCUACUACUAGAACUUAAAGUAGGCUGCUGUUUCUGUUACUCUACCCCCAAUUAUCUUGAUUAAGUGACUCCGUUUAUAUACCAGAGUCCAAUUUACAUAACACACUUACGCAAUGACGACCCAAGUAAAACCCCAAAGCGAAAUGACGGAAAAAAAGGAGCCAAAAAAUAUGGCCCAAUUAUUUCACUAUCACUACCACACCACUCUGGCAGCAGAGGCAGCCAAGCAGCCGCGCAACCACCGAAUCACUACUCCGAACGACUGGCUCAGUCACGAGUACCGAAUGAAACAGCUUAAGGAAAACGCAUCCUGGUACGCCUCGUCGUUCUCAUCCGCACUUUCCUCAUCUGUCAACUCUGAAGAACUGGAGCGAGAGAGGAGGAGCAAAAGAGAGCAGAAGAAGAAACAGAACGAGCGCAGGGCUUCACUCAACACCAUGCUAGGCUUAGAGGGAGUUAGUCAAGAAGAGACAGAGAAGAUGAUGAAGGAGCAUCUGUACCCAGUGGUGGAAAAAGCACCAGAAGUAGAAAUUAAAGUACCCGAAGUUAUGGGCAAAAAGAAAGUUCUUAAAGGCAGAUCAACUAGGUCAACUAUGCAAUCGACUAUCAGAAAGCCCAGCAAAACACGCCCUAAGAAAAUCAGCACCCAGAAAGACAUUGUUUUGUAUUAAGGGAAACCGCAGAGCUCCAAAACUUCACGUAUGCUUAAAUAACUUGCCUAACAAUUGUUUUUUAAUUCUUUUCCUUGAUAGCUUUAUUUAAACUGACGAAGGGACAAGAAAAAUUGUAAUUUUUGUUCAAUAUGUUAAAAAUAUAUCAAUA